CUCUUCAAAAAAGACACGACAAAAUGAAGAGAGAAUGAGACUAAAGCAACAGCUCGUGUAGAUCUUUGUUGGCUGAUUCAGUCCACAAUUAUUAUUAUUUAUAUAUAUUUUCGUUUCCAUCGAAUAAUAACAUAACAAGUCCUCACCCUGUAAUCUGAAAAUUAUACAAUUCUUGGAAAUGGAGGCAGCCAUUGCUUCCUCCUCUUUCUCCUGUUCGGUUUCAGUUUCAAUUUCUCCCUCACGUAUUCCAUUCCUCUCUACGGUUCUGGAUAUGAACGUAAAUCCCAAGAAAGGUGUGCAAAAUUUGUCGACUUCCCGUUGCUCCUCCUCCAAAUUUCAAUCCGCCAUUGUAUUUUGUAAUUUCUUUAAUCACACGCGUUCAAUGGCUGCCGUCUUUUCAAGCAACAGUUUGACAACGUAUAGACGUUCCGUGCGCGUGUAUGUUGGGAGGAGAGAUGAAGAGGAGAAGGAAUUUGGAAUGUAUCCCUGGGAGGCUUCCUCUUUUAAUGACAUCAACAAUACUGAAGAAAGGUUGUUGAGUUCAUUUUGGGGCCUGGAUUGUGUGCGCGUUUGGCCGGAUUCGACCUCUGGACCACCUGUUUACUACGCUUUGCAGUGGGUCCAAGAAGAUACCAUCACUCUUUUUACUACUGAAGGGCUUAUGCAAAUCGGAGGUUCUGUAGUGCCCCGACGCAUUAAUAAUUCACAAAAUAAUCAAGGGAGAUUGAGAGCUUCAUAUAAACAUCAGCGAUUUCAGGAAGAGGACUACAUGGAUCCCAAUCAGGGCCUUUGUCUUGGUGCCAUCUUUGACAUUGCAGCAACAAAUGGAUUGGACUUAGGGCGCAGAUUCUGCAUAUUUGGGUUUUGUCGUUCUAUUGAGAUGCUGAGUGAUGUGGUGGAAGACACAGUUUUGGAGCAGGGGGGAGAGGUUGUAAUUGCGGAAAAGGAGAGCAAAGGAGGUUUACAGGAAAAACUUACAAUGACAGUUGCUGUACCACUUCUCUGGGGUAUUCCACCUGCUGCCGAGAGGCUUCGUUUUGCUGUUCGAACUGGAGGUGGAAUUGUUGAGAAAAUAUACUGGCAGUGGAACUUCUAAUGAAGUUUUGUAGAUGGUCUCAAAAAAUAUUGAUGAAUUGUAUAUAACUCACAUGUAUAUUUUAUCUCUUGUUCAUUGGCAGCCAAACCUUGCACAACCUCAUCUUCUUUCAUUCCUUUUGCAGAACUUUUUUGUAAAUAUUGUAAAACAUGGUUGAUUGCUGCAUGCACAUACCUUUCAUCAAGGAUGAUUAUCUUUUUGAAGAAAAGCAUUUACCAAAUAUUGUUCCACUUUACACAGGGUCAUGAGAAAUGUUAUGAUCAGAUAAUUUAAAUGAUUCCGGAUGAUCCUAUUAGCAGUUCCAA